AUGGAGAAAGUAAAUUAUGAAGAUUUAAUGGAUAUGUGUCAAGACUUUAUUUAUGUAUACGAUACAUUGUAUAAGCUGAAGACUUUCAACAAAAAAGAAAUUAACAAAAUUUAUCUUGAUAUCAAAGGGUUACUUCUUGAAACCAAACAAGCAUCGCCAAAUCAAAUUCUGACAAUAAUAUCUACUGCAAUGAUUCAUAAUAUCAAAUACUUAAAACAAUACAAGGCAAUUUUCAAUAAGAUUUAUAAAGAAUAUCAUCCAAUCUUUACACACAACGAAUUGAAAAACAUUCCACAUAUUUUAUGGGCAGAUUUAUCAGAUGAAAAUGGCGUUUUAUUAUCAGAAAAGUAUAUUUAUGAUUUCGCACGCAACAAAUAUAAAUAUUCAACAACAAAUUUUAUGGAAGAAAACACAAUAUACAGAGCUAUAAUGUAUGAUGAUAAAUUUUCUUUCAUAGCAUUCAUCGAAACGGAUGGUUUCAACAAGGAUCAAAUGCUUGAGAAUGAUUUAUAUCCAUCCAAACCUCUUUCCUUGAUUGAACUGUGCUGUUAUCAUGGAGCUGUAAAUUGUUUUAAAUAUUUGAUUACAAGAUUUAAGUCAACAAUAACUCAGAAAUGUCUUUGGUAUUCAUUUUUGGGUGGAAAUUCAGACAUUAUUCAGGAGUGUUUGAAAAUUGAAGAGCCGGAUGAAGAAUGCAUGAGGUAUGCAAUUAUUUCACAUAACAUCGAUUUUAUUUCUUUUUUGAUGAGUGAAUACGAGUUUGAAAUUGAUUUAUAUAAUUGCGUCAUAUAUCACAAUUUGCAAGCAUUUUUAGUUUAUUUAGAUCAAUCAAAAUAUAUUAACAAAUUCUUUAUUUAUUCAGUAUGCUUUUGCAUUCCUUCCCUAUGCGAAUACUUCCUUUCGCAUGGUGCUGAUGUUAAUUCAAAGACUGAAAUUGGUCGAACUGCACUUCAUUUUGCAGCAGAAUUUAAUUGCAUCAAAAUCGCAGAAUCCCUUAUUUCGCAUGGUGCUGAUGUCAAUGCAAAAGAUAAUGAUGGGCACACUGUUCUUUGUCAAGCAGCAUAUAACAACAGUAAAAAAAUAUUCGAAUUGCUUAUUUCUCAUGGGGCUGAUAUUAAUGCUAAAGACAAUAAAGAACGGUCUAAUCUUCAUUAUGCAGCAGAAAAUAGCAGUAUAGAAAUAGUUGAAUUCCUUAUUUCUCAUGGCGCUGAUGUCAAUGCAAAAGACAAUAUUGGAUUUUCUAGUCUUUUAUAUGCAGCUUAUAGUAGCAAUUUAGAAACUAUUCAACUCCUUGUUUCACAUGGAGCUGAUGUUAAUUCUGUAGACAUUUCUGGAGAAUCGGUUCUUGGUGCAGCAAUAUUUGAAAACCAUAAAGAUAUAGUCGAAUUCCUUAUUUCACACGGCGCUGAUGUUAAUGCUAAAAGAGGGCUAGAGAGAUUAUCUGCUCUUCAUAAAGCAGUAGAAGAAAGCAGUAUAGAAAUAGUUGAACUUCUAAUUUCACAUGGUGCUGAUGUUAAUGAUAAAGACAAUAAUGGAGAAUCAAUUCUUCAUUUUGCAGCAUACAGAAAAUGUAAAGAAAUAGCUGAACUUCUUAUUUCACAUGGUGCUGAUGUUAAUGAUAAAGACAAUAAUGGAGAUUCAAUUCUUCAUAUUGCAGUAGAUAGAAACAGUAAAGAAAUAGUCGAACUCCUUAUUUCACAUGGUGCUGAUGUUAAUGAUAAAGACAAUGAUGGAGACUCAAUUCUUCAUAUUGCAGCAUACAGAAAAUGUAAAGAAAUAGCUGAACUCCUUAUUUCACAUGGUGCUGAUGUUAAUGCUAAAAACAAUAAUGGAGAUUCAAUUCUUCAUGCUGCAGCAAAAAAUAACUAUAUAGAAAUAGUCGAACUCCUUAUUUCACAUGGUGCUGAUGUUAAUGCUGAGGACAAUGAUGGAUUGUCAGUUCUUUAUGCUGCAGCAAUUGAUAACCAUAAAGAAAUAGUCGAACUCCUUAUUUCAAAGAUUAUGUUAGAAUAUCAAAAAAAAAUACAAAAUGAUAAUCAACAUUGGUUCAAUUAUCAACUUUUUUAA